GUGAAGUGGUCGCGGAACCACGUCCCAUUUAUUAUGAGCUUCCAAAGCCAAUGUCUCUUCUGGCAUAACAACAUUCCGACGUUCAUCUUUGCUGGCUUGGAGAUAAGACGUAGGAAUGGGGAUGGAUGAGGGAUCAUCCGAGAAUGAAACAAAAUCAUUAUGCCUGGAUGGGGGUUUUUCGAAAUUCGUCCGGGUGGAAUGUUGGCGCUCAACUACAAUAGUUUCUUCAGCUGGUCCGGCUGAAGACCCGAACGUUGACGAUCUCGAAGAAGACGGACCAGAAGACGAAGAACUUGAAUCUUGUGAAGUUGACGAGGAUGUCUGUGAGGACGAGGAUGAUGUAUCACUAGGAGACAUAGAACCAUCACUACUCGUCUCACUUGACCCACUUGAAGAUUAAUCUGAUGCCACGUUGCCAUGGCCUCCAGGAUUGCUAGUGGGUGAAGGCUAAGUGGUCAUAUCCAAGAGGGCUAUGAGAGGAAGAGAAUUUAGAAAAUCAAAAGCACCCGUAGUAGUAGUCUCAUUCGACUCCCGAUAAUGAAGAACUUGUUCUAGG